GGCACAGCGCGCAGCCGCAGCAGGACGCCGUCGAGGCGCCAGGAGUCGCUCUCACGACUGGAUUACGCGUGAAACAAACAAAGGCAGCACCGGUGCUACACGAGCGGACCGAGCCGGGCUGCCCCGCCACUCCCGUCGAGUGCACACCAUGCUGGCCACCCGCCGGGGACCCGAGGACCCCCAGCGGGCGCGGCUACGAACUAAGACCGAAGCCCUCCGCAAGGAGUGGAGCGAGCUCCCGCCGGAGCAGGCCGCGCGGCAGCACCUCGAGCGGCUGCGCGCGGACUACGACCGGCGAUUAAAGCGCUAUGAGGAGCGGGAGGCCGACUACCAGUCCCAGAUCAGACGGUUGGAAGAUGAAGUAGUGGCCCAGCACGACAUCCUCGACCCCGCUCGACCGGUUGAUCCGGACCCUCUGUUGAGCGUGGCCGACGAGCAUCGCGACCUCCUCGCUUCGUUGGACCAGAUCGAUGCUAGGAGAAGGCGCGUCGUCGCUGAACGACGGAAGGACGUGGAAGCGGCGGAGCGAGAAAGACUGUCCAAACCACGUGCUGAGCGAGAUACGAUGCGCGACGCGCGGGAGAAGCGGGAUCGAGCUUGGAGAUUAAAAGCAGAGCACUUCCAGAAGGAGAAGCAGUGGGCGCUUGGGGUCUGUGGUGAGUUGGAGGAAUUGAAUGCCGGUCUCGAGGCCCAGAACGAGGAUCUUCGACAGAGGAAGUCUGCGGGCGAUGCAGAUAGGCAGUUCCUCAUUUCCCAAUUAUCCGCCGUGCAGCGGGACAAUGCGAAAUGUAGGCAGGCGUUGAGGGACUUCUCAAAGCCGCGGCCACCUCUUCCACAAAAAGAAGAGGACAUCAAGUCGAGCGGCCCGAUGGCUACUGACGCGCGCGAGCUCCGGACGAAGGAGCUGCGGAAGCUCGAGGCCGGUCUAGAUCAUAGGCAACGACUGUUGAUGAAUCGACGGCGCGAGGCGGCCGACCACGCGCGCGAGGCGGCUUUAUUGCAGAACUUGGUGCGGGACCGGUUGAUAGAUGUGAAAGAUGCGGUGGAUGAGGAAAGGGCGGAGUGCGACCUGGCUGAUGUGGAUGAGAAGAAGGAUUCAGUCGUCGCGAAGCUCGAGUGGACGGCGCGCGUCGUGUCGCUUUUAUAUGAUCGGGCGUUCCCGGCGGGUAAGUAGUACUAAACCACACAAACUAGU